AUGCAGAAAGACCGCGGCCAGUGUGACCUUGAGAAAACAGCCACUAAACUCUUUUAUUCUGCCGUUAAGGUGACGGUCCGCUCUAAAGAUGAACUCCACCAGCUGGAUGAGCUGAAGCCAAACCAGAGGCCUCAUCUGGGGCAUCGCUGGGAUCCCAGAGGAGACGCCUUCCCUCAGCCGGGAGAAGGCUACAGCCUGGCAGGAGAAGACGCGUCUCGGUCUGAGGAGGCAAUUCUCUUCCCUUCGCACUGGRAUCAUAACUUCCCCAGAUUUCUUGGGACCGAAGAGCAAACAGAGAUGCAAGAAAAUGUCGGGACGAAGAAUGAUGAGGUUUCUAAAGACAAUGAUGACAAAUCCAAACCUUUUAAGAGCCAAACUGCUGGACUCUCUGACGGUGUCGCUGAGAACUCUCAAGCCAUGUUGGAUCCUAGCGAGGAAACCUUCAUCGAGAGAGCAAGGGGCAGGGUCCGAUCAACCAAAGAGCCGAACCCAGAGCCUCGAGAGCCGGCAGGAAGGAGAGCAAACGAGACUCCAGAAGUGGAAAGGAUGUCGCAAAUCGCGGAAGAGAAAUUGGAGGCUGAGAGGAAAGAGCUUCUCCUCCUCCACAAGAGACUGGACGAAGAGAAGGAAUUACUGCAACAGCAGAAAAUGAAGCAGGAGGAGGAAGAACGGCUGAACGAGAGGGAGACGGACAGUCAGCAUCUCCAACAUCGAAAGCAUCAUCAUCUGCAUACAACAGAACCGAAACCAGAGACAACAUCAUCCACAACUACCAUGCAGAAAGCACUGGCCCCGACCGGCCCCAGGCUCCCGGUUCGCCCAAACCCUCAGAGGAGAAGAAUGAAGAAGAAUCGCAAAUUGAUCAGCAAGGCAGCAAUGAGAGCAAUGCUCAUGUAGGAGUUGGACUGAAAUACAACCAGGGACACGUGGAGAACACGUUGCAGGGUGGGAAUUGUCCAAAGACGAAGCCAGAUGACUCCUUUGGUUUAAGUAUUUAUUUGUCAGUAACCUGGUUGUCCUGUGAGAUCUCCUUGGUAACAUUACUAAUGACUGUCAGCUGAACCUGUAACGACUUCUGGAUGGACCACGACACAGACCGAGGGCAAAAAAAGGGAAUACGAACAAAGGACGGACCUGCUCAGGAGAAAGCUUCCCUCAUUUGACAGUUCAAAGUCCCAAAGACGGAUAAAGAUGCGACUGUGUGGGACCGAAGAGGCAUCGCUGUACAACUGCGGAAAAUAGUGCAAUUUCUGUGAAUCCUUGCUUAGAUAUCAUGAAAGAGAGAUGCUGCACUUCAAUGUC